AUGGUAACCAGCUCUGCAAAUGUUAUGGCUUGUAAUAAUUUGUCUGUUUCUCAAUUAACUACGGAGUUGAAGUCUACAGUAGAUGGGCGUAAUAGAAGUGAAAGUAUAGCUUACCGUAAUGUUCGAACACGAAAUGUACCUACAGAUCCUCGCAUUGCCUUAGGCUACACAUCAAGUAAUUCCGUUCAUCCCAAAAAUACAUCAGACUCUAGUAAUCCAUUCACUGCCAAAAGCGCUGCAGCAGGCAAUAAUUCCGCUCAUCUUGCUAAAACUACAAAUACACAAGUUAGCAAUAUUCAGCCAACCUCUAGAUCGAAGCUAUGCAGCAACGAUGAAAAGUAUAAAUUACCGAAUUUAACUAAGGUACAGUUUGACGCUGCAGUUCAUGAUGAUCAAGUGGGAGAUCAGAAUCAAGAGCCUAAAAAAGAGAUUCCAACUAAACUCUCAGAUGAAGAGGACUGUUUAUAUAUAAAGACAGUAAAUCUGGGAAUUAAUAAUAAAAUAUUUACUGGCAGUCAUCAUCAAAGUCAUAGCACAAAGCUUCAUGAAUCGACAGGUUAUAUGGGUUAUCAAAGAGAAGAUAUUAAUAAUAAUAAAACACGCAUACCCUUUAUUAACGAUGAAGACUCCAUGAGCUUUAAUCGUAACUCUAGUAGUCGACAAUAUAGGAAUGAUUUGCGAUCGGCAAGUAUAGCCGAUGUGACUCAAGAUUGUAACGACAGAGCAGCCAGUAAGCUAUCUUCUGAAAAUACGCCAAUCUUGGCUGAGAAUGAUAAAAUAUCUGAUAUUCAUCAUAGUGAUCUCUGCUUUGCAAAAGCGGAAAUAUGUAGUGAAAUUACUAAUCCUAUCGUAUCAGGAAGCAACAAAUCUGAAUUGAAAAUCGAUACUUUGGAUAAUAAGCAGGAAAAUAAUUCGGGAGACAAGAAUUUACGGAAAAAAGUGAUUUUACCACUAAAGCAGCUGCGUUUUGGUGAUAAAGGAGAUAAUUCAAGUAGCUACGAUCAAGACUCUACAAAUAAUGAAGUCGAAAUACAGCAAGAUAGAGAUGACGGAACUUCUUCACUUACUGGUAUAUUCUUAUGUAUCAAAAUGGAUCAGUCCUGCAAUUAUAUAACUGGAUGCAAUGAAAACAUUUAUCUUUUCUUAAUAGUUCCAAGUUCAAACGACCAGGGUGAAAACAUAACUAGUGAGCCAUCUCGUCCGGUGUUCGAAAAAUCGGAGCUUUCAGAUGCAGCUGCAAUAGAGGGUAUGGAGGAAAAACUUGAAAAGGAGGGCCAAGUAUUAGGAAUUACGAAUACGUCGGAAAAGUCUGUAAUCCUGGAGGAUAGGCUAGAAAUUUCAGAUAAUACUAUAAUGGAUGCAGUUCGGAGUGAAAUGGGCAAAUCUGAUAAUUCUUUCAAGGCUGAAAAUAAAUUAGGGGUUACAGAAGAAGAGAAUCAUGAUCAGCAUAUAGACAAUAAAAAAGUUCAAAGCGAAGGUAUAGAUCAGAUAGAGAUGCGAACAUCCAACAAUUCUUGUGAUGCUUAUCAUGGACCAAACAUUACAGAGUCUGGUCUCAGGGAAAAGAAUAACGAAGAAUUUAAAUUAACAGAUGAAUUUGGAUGCUCAGAAAUAACGCAAGAGAACAGCCGCGCUGGUAAAAUGAACAGAUAUGUUCUAGGAAAGGGGCAUGAAGAUCGUAUUACCAGUACAAUAUUAGAAGAGAAAAGAAUAGAAAUAGAAACUUCUACCGAAACUGUCAUUAAUGAUAUUAAAAUUAUCAAGAAAGAACCUGAAGAUUUAAAUUCAAAAUUUACGAAAAACGAAAGCUUAAGAAUAGAAUUAAAUAUAAAUAAUUCUACAUCUUCUACUGCGAGUAACGAACUUGAGCUUAAAAUUAGCAAUAAACCUAAAUGGAAUGAACAAAAGUAUGCUUCACCAACUGCAAAUGCACAAAAAUUACCUAAACAAGAAGAAAAUUUAUACGAAAGACAGAGUGAUCGCGAUGAAUCCCCAAUACAUCCAAAUAUCGCAAAUUCUGGUGAAGUCUUAGAAUUUAAUGAUGUGCAUAUGCUCAAAAAAUUAAUUCAUAUGUUUGUCAACUCUAUUUGA